UAACAUUUCUCAGUUUGUUUGUUUUUUCUACUGAUAAUAUAUGCAAAUAGACUGAGAGUACAACAGAGCAGAUUCUUUUUAUUCUUCCUAAUUAGUUGAGCUAAUUUAUUUGUGCCCAAACAUUAUUUUAUCAUGGUUUGUUAGUGAUUGUUUAGGUUUUUCAUUUGCCUAAUGCGAUACCGCAGCACAAUCAUCUUGAUGAAAAAAGAGAAAAAAAUACAAAUGAUUCGGCGAACCAUAUACCUAUAUUCGUAAUUACAUUUCGUGCGGUACUGAUAUCAUUUGGAAACGGAAUGGCACAUUCAAUAAAUAACAGCAUGCUAAACUUCUCAUUCCCUUAAAUUAAAUUUAAAUUGGUUUUGAUUCUGACAAAGGAGCAAGACCUUUGUUAUUUUUUCUGCUGCUGCUGCUUUUGAAAGCUGUGUAACUGAAUGGCAAAAAAUUACAUUGAAUUGCCUAGUGGCCGUUGCUGUCAACGUCAUCGUCGUCUUGCUCGUGUUCGCAUGGAACACUUUAUGCUACUAUUGGUUGUGUUCUCAUUGAAGAAAUCGGGUUGGUAACACAACACAAAUGUGCCCCAAACAAACCAAACUCAUUCAUAAAAAAAUCAUUUCAGAUUAACUAAAUAAAAAGAGGAAAUUUGAAUCAGUGUACAUCAUGCAAUGAAAAAUGAGCAUAAUUUCUGUGGCGGACAAAUCUAAACGUGUGUGUGUGUGUUUGUAUCGGCAAAUCAAAUUUUAUGUUUGCGUGAUACGGUAUAUUUCUGUUCUGUACAUUAGUACAAUAUAACGACAAUCCAUUUCACCACCCAUAACCGGGGUUUUCCUGCACCUUUAACAAUACACCCGAGUAUUGAUAGUUCAUGUGUAUUUUUAUUCAAAUUAGAAAAAAUGCAAAUUCAAGCAUUUUAGCAUUUCAAUUUCAACGAUUUUAUGAUUCAGUAGAGAGAGAGAGAGGAAAAAAAAUUCAAAGCCACAAGGUAUUUCAAAAAGAAAAAUAUGACACGAUGGCGACGAUGGCACGGUGAGAAACAGUUGGAACGUGCCAAAAUAAAUGAAUUAAUGACGCGAAUUAAAACGAACACACAAUUCUCUGUCUCUUAUGUAAUUAUAAUAAAUGUCUACACCAGUGAAAAAUGAUUAUGGCUACGAAAUGAAAUAUAGAUAGACAAUUUAUAUGUAUGCAAAAGUUAGAAAUGAGUGAAACGUAAAAAAAUAAUAAUAUUGUAUGAGGUCAUCUACUAUAAAUAAAAUGUAGCCAAAUGAAUAGCCUGUGAAAAUGUGUGAAAAUUUGGAAAAUGAUAGAUGAGAGAUUGAUGUCAACCAAAUCCAAACACCAAAACCAAAUGGUUAUCGAUUCAAUUUAAAUGAAUGUGGAAUACAUGGUUGCUUUUUAUAUCAUACGAUCAUUUAUCAAAAAGUAAAGAAAAGCCAACGAGAAAAAGUAACCGCAUAAAGUAAAACCGUAUUAAAAAAACGUACACAUACCAGAAAAAAAACAGUCAUGGAACCAACGAAAAUUAAUGGAUUUUUUUUCCAUUCACAUGUGCACAGUGCACAGUAGGGCAUAAAUGAGGUAAAAGAUAAAACGAGGACAACAGAAAUUCUCAGUGUUCAGUUAACUAAUUUACUUGAUUUAUUUCGCUCUUGGUGAAUUUGCUCCGCAUUGAAAUUGUAAUCCACUUGUAUCUUAUGUUCUGCAUAAACGAGUCAAAUGGGACUCGCUGAUGUUGUUUUUUUUUGUUCCAACUCGGUCCUAUGACAACACCAAAAUCAUUUGGUUGGCGUGUGUUCUUUUUACCUCAAUGUUACUUCGCAUUCACAGCCAAAAUUCUGCUUUCCAUUGGCAAUGCCAACCAUGCAGCAUAAACACAUAUCGUCGUUCAGUUCUAUAUUUUCCAAAACGCGAAGCGGACACGGACAAAAAGCGAACAAGACAGAGAAAACAAAUACACGCGGAGUGUGCAGAAGCACUUUACCACUUUCGACACUGCAGUGGAAAUACAGCAAUGCAUACAUAAAGAAUCGCAUUGCAUAAUCAAAUCGAGCACCGCUCCGAUGCAUAUGCGUACAUAUAGAUACAUGGGUAUCGCAUCGCUCGUGUCGAAUCACAUGUUUGUUCAAUAUGACAAAAAAACACACACUUUUCUCUUAUAAUUUUUCCCAGACGAAAUGCCUCUGAAUAUCAAAUCCAAGUCAAUAUUGAGAGUGAAUGAGAAAAAAUUUGCGAUGAAAAAAGAGUACGAUGGGAAAAGAGGCAGAAAGAAAUCAACUGAAUGAAGCGUAAAAACUAAACGAAACCAUUGAUUUGAAAACACAGUUUUCGUGCCGCAAAUAACCAUAAUUUAUUUACCAUUUGCAUACUUUUCGCUAUAUUCGAGUGAAUGUAUAUGUAUAUGCACCACUUUUUUUCGUGAAUGUUUGCGCUACUUUCGGUGCUGUAAAAUUCAAUUCAAGAUAUUUUCAUGUAUAUAAACUAUAAUAGUAAUAAUCGGUUUAUGACGGAAGCAAUUGAGCCACUUAAAUGCGAAGAAAAUCUGCUACAUCGAAUAACACUUGUGAUGAACCAAUAUAUAAAUCGAUGAAAUAGGAAAUCCCCGACUUUCGGCACAAUUCAAAUAUUCCCUUCUUCGGAUCGAGUGCAUAAUAUAUACAUUCUCCAAUAUUCUCUCUCUAUGUGUGUAUAAAUACAUAUAUCUGAACUAAGGUCAAUUUAGCAAAGAGUCGCACUGUUAUUCUGGCAUUUGACUUACUCAAAAUGGCAUGCAAUAAAAUUGAACCAGCAAAUAUUUGAAGGUGUAAUUUUUAGAAAAGCAUUUUACUCGAUUUUUCUCUACUCAAUUUCAAUAUUUUUCGAUUCGUACCAUUUUCCGCACCAUCCAAAGUUAAUUUCAAUCAGAUUUGUUUUGUGUUGGAUCUGGUGGUGCCAAGUAAAUUUAAAUUUUAUACAUCACCGAAUUUGCUUCGAAUGUGUUUACAUUGGUGAAAGAGAAAACAUAUUGUCGAUGGUUAUGAUCGAAUUUUUUGGGCGUUUUCCAUUUGAAUAAUUCAGAGGAAUCAAUAGCAAAAGCAAUUUGUAUUUUUGUUUUAUUUGAAAUUCACAUCAAUUUUUGACGUUUUUAGAUUGUUUUUUUCACUCUCUCUCUCUCCACUCACUUGACCUGCAUUAAUGCAUAUUUAAACAGACGAUUUAUAUUUCAUUUCUCUUUGGUGCUAACGUUGGCAGAAAUGAAAAUCAUACGGCAAUACAUACAAAAAACUUUUGAUAAGCGAAAACUUUGCCAAAAAAAAGAUUAAGGCAAACGUCAUAAAUAUACUGUAAUGAUUUUUAAAAAACAUUUUUAAGUAGCUAGAGAAAAAACGGAAACGGUGCAAUUUUGAAUGAAAUAGUUCUGAAAGUUUAACGUUGCAGUACAAGAAAUGCACCCUCCUGUGUAAUGAAUAAUAUUAAACGAUGUGCUUUUUAUGACCGUUUUUAUGCGAUAUAUAUACAUAAACCGAAAUUUUUUAUGGUUCGUUCUCUUAUCGUUGUAGUUUGAGUUGAACUUGUUUGCCCAAAAAAAAGUCCAUUUAAUUACUUUGCCCUCGUUAAAUAAUAAUAAUUUUAUGUAAAACGGGUAAAAUUGAAUUUCACGCAAUUCCCUUCCGUGUCUACAGCUCGGGGAAUCUCUUUUCGCCCAAUUAUAUGGCAUAACUUUUAAAGACAUAAAAUUGCUUAAUAGCAUAGGGCCAACGCUGGAUGUGUGUGUGUGCUCGUGUAUGGUUUAUCUAACGAAAUUGUGUUAGAUUAAUAAUUUUAAGCACCACUAGAAAUGGCACAUAUCGAAAGAUUGGAUGUACAGUACCUAAGAAUUCACUCAAGAGCAAUACUCCUGUCGAAUAUAUUUUCGGUCGAAAUGAUGCAUUUGACUGCACAAUGGAGCAUUUAGAAAACUAUUUUAUUACACACAUAUCUGGGUUUUAUGAGUCACAAACAUACAACAAUCUCAGUUUGAUACUUUAUUUUGGGAACGGUUCAUCGAGCUCACAAUUUCAGCUCUCAUCAUUAUUUUCAGUUGAAUGAAGAUUGUCAUUAGCUUUGUCAUUUUAAUGAAAUGCACCACUACAUCGGAUGGUGAUUUCAUAUAAAAUCGAUGCAAUCGAUAAGUGCUUUUUGCAGUGAUACGUCAAUAAAGCAUAACAGGCCAUAUCUCUAUGGAAAAAGAUCUUACUAUUUCGGAAGGUUCAUCCCACGUGGGAUACAUACUGUUUGCUAAUAAAUUGCGAUUCGAUUCAAAUAAGCCAACGUGGUACAUCGAUGGCAUUUAUAGCCGAAACAUUGUCCUGUUCAUUGUUCAUUUGGCAUGUCCCACUUGGCUAAGCUCAGCUGCUAUUUGCUAUUAUAAUGAAAAAGGCCAAUGAUAAGGAUUUAAAGUUUGUCCAAAUACCUUCCUAACAUUCACAAUGAACUCACCCAAAUGAGAUAUGCCUCUGAAAAGGCUACCUAACAAUGUCUGUUUGCCCACCCGAAUCAAUCAACUGUACUCAAACAUUUAUUUAUAUCGAAUUUUGAGUCAUUUGUAAAAUGUCAAUUACAUUUACGACUCCCUCCAUCAUCAGCAUUCAUCGCAAUGCUAUCAACAUGGUACUGAUUGAGUUGGUCUCAAUACAAUAUCAAAGAUAAAUCGCAGCCAUUAUUUGGUAGAUUCCGUUGGCAUUUAUCAAUCGAAUGCGGUCAUUAUUUUCGUUCGAAUCGAUUUGAGGAAAUUGCUAAUUAGACUGUACGGAAAUUUACAUCCAAGUAAAAAUGACCUGUAUGUGUAUGACACAAGGGAAUGACCCUGAAAUGAUAAAACCUCUAAUAAGCUUUAUUCAAACGGAUAAAAAUGUUUGAUAGAAGUAGAAGUUCAAACAAUGCUCCAAUUCAUUUGGCUGCAUUGGAGGGAAAAAAGAGAUAUGCGUCCUCAUUGGUUUGCCUAAUGUUCAGUGCUGUGGAAAAAAAGUAUGUGAAUAAGCAUAGCAGUACACCGACAAACACAUAUGCCACUUUAUAGUCAAGUUGAAUCAUUAAUGUGUACACACACACACACAUGGAUUAAAGUUUAAUCCGUGGCGCAUAUGCCUGACAGUGCUUAGUGUUUGUACUAAAGCUCGUUCGUUUAAAAUGCACAGGAAUGUGUGAUUUCCUGCAACACACCAUAUUAUAGCAUAUACAUAUGCAUAUGAUUUUUUGUUUGCAUCAAAUAUUUAUGCAAAAUCGAGUUUUGUGUCUUCACUUCGUCGCGCGCUGGCUCAGCAGGAUUCAUAUAAAGUGGCUACUUAUUUGAUAAAAUAAAAAAGCUUGUUAUUCCUUUUCGUAUGUGUGCUUUUUAAUUCAGUUAAAAUGCUUGGGCUUUUUUUAACAAAAAAAAAUUGUUCCAGAAGAGUGAUUUUCUGCAUGCAAAAGGAAAGAAAUAAAUAUACAAAAAAAACUUCUACUGAACAAGAAUCGCAAACUACAAAUUUCCUGAUUUUCCACAGCUGCUAGACAAUAAAACAAUCAUAGCGUUAAAAAUUCAUAGUCAGCACAUUUUCUUGUCGACUCAAACUCGAUGGUUGUUGCUACGAAAUAAAAAAAAUAUCAUAUCCGUAUGAGACAAUUGUUGUUGGUGCUGCCAUACAUUUCGUGUUGAUGUAUGCGAAAGGAGCCGAACAAAGCACAUACUACAAACAUUUCGUACCAUGAUUCGCCACAAAUUUCAUUUUUAGUUAUCAUUUCGAUCAGGAGGGAGCCGGUGUCAUUUUCAUAUCGAAGCCGCCUCAAACAAAAACAAUCAAUACGAAUACAUUAAGUGGUGAAAGUCAUAUUGUACAAAAAAAAUGACAACGGGCGAUUUAAAAUCCAUUUUGAAAAAACCACCAAUCGGGUAAACGUACUUAUAUUUUCUCUUCUUUAACGCUUUUCAUUUAUUACUUCUCUUGGCACAUACUGUAUAUUUAUACAAAUGCGUUUGGUUUAAUUGAAACUCAGGGGUUGUCUAAAAUAGUGAAGAAAAAACAAUGAUCCAUCAAUCUGUAAUAUCAUGAACAUAUUUUCGUAAUGUUGCAUUAUAGUAGAUAGUAUGUGGUUCAUAAUAUGAACCGCAUAUGUCAAUAUUAAUGCAUUUCCUGUUGGCUUUUCUCUGUGUAGGGGGAUUAUCGAUCUGAUGAGUUAAGCACUGAAUUCAAUACACGAAAUACUAAUAACACCAGUAAGCUAGAGUGGUGCUGUUUCGUUUUCCAUUUGACAUAAUCCGUAUUGCUACGUAUUUGCAGAAGUCUUAACAUUAUUGUUAGUGUCAAAGUGUGUAGUGUAUGUGUGUAGUAGUUUAGUAUCGGUGUUCGAUGUAUGGAAUAAAUGUAUUUAUUGCAUUGGAAAUACCAACAAUUGAUAUUAUCGCGUUUAUUGCAUUUAAUUACAUUAUUACCGGGCCGUAAAAGUGAUUUAGUAUUGAGCACACAAAAGGGUACACCGUUUAGAUAACAAACUUCUUGACGGGUUGGUAAAAAAAUUGCCCGUAAGAUGUCAUUGGUAUUGUGUAAUUUGGGAUCAUCGGGUCCCCGAUCACGUGGCUCAAAUCAAUCAUCUGAUCAAAAUUGUGUCAGUACGGGUAUGGCACGAAAUUCAUCGUCGAGCGGUUUGCACACUUCAUCGUCGGCAUCUGCUUUGCAUCGUAGCGCCGGAAUUAUGCGCAAUUCACCAUCGUCUUCAGCAUUACAACAAACAACAGCCGGAAAUGACAAUAACAAUAAUAGUAACGCAAAAUCAAAUUACAACGAAUCUGAUGAUCCAAAUCAAGUUACAAUUUACAGGUGUCGAGCUCCAAUCGCAUCGCUUGAUUGUAUGGAAGAAUUUAGCGGUACGGGCGGUCAACUUGAUUUCGGUCGUUCGAUAAGUUUGGGUUCGAAUCAAGCAUUGACAAUACGUCAAGGAGCACCAACACCAGGUCUACGAUACAAGAAUUUGGGCAAAAGUGGUUUACGUGUAUCAAACGUUGGCCUUGGCACUUGGCCAAUAUUCUCGCCAGGUGUACCCGAAGAACAAUCCGAAGCCAUUGUCAAACUUGCCUACGACAGCGGUAUCAACAUAUUCGAUAUUUCCGAAGCACACUCUGAGGUUGAAUUGGGAAAAAUAAUUCAAAAGCAUGGAUGGAAACGAGCUGGAUACGUGGUCACAAUAAAAAUCUACUGGAGCAUGAAGUCCGAAGAACGUGGUUUAUCACGAAAGCACAUCAUCGAAAGCGUGAAGGCAAGCCUACAACGUUUGCAGUUGUCAUAUGUUGACAUUGUGAUUAUAUAUAAAGCAGAUCCAAUGUGCCCCAUGGAAGAGAUUGUUCGUGCCAUGACAUAUGUAAUAAAAGAAGGCUGGACUAUGUAUUGGGGCACAAGUAGAUGGUCACACUGUGAGAUAAUGGAAGCGUAUUCAAACUGUCGCCAAUUCAAUUGUAUUCCGCCAAUCUGCGAACAAUCCGAAUACCAUAUGUUUUGUCGUGAAAAGUGUGAAUUGUACUUACCGGAAAUGUACAAUAAAAUUGGCGUUGGUUUGAUGGCAUGGGGACCAUUGAGCAUGGCAUUGGGUGAUGCACAAAACGGUGAACGUUUACUAUUCCCAAAGAAUUCGUUCAAAACGAAAAGCCAUAGCUAUUCAUGGACAGAAGAUGAAAUCAAUAAAAAUAGCUUGAAUUGGUCGAAGGAACGGAUUGACGAAACGCGUAAACAAAGUGACAAAGUGCGUGAUUUAUGUUUGUUGGCAGAAAAAUUGGGAUGCAGCCCAACGCAAUUGUCGAUUGCUUGGACAUUGAAACAUGAACCCGUUCAGUGUCUUUUGGUCGGUGCUACAACCGUUGAACAACUCCAUCAAAAUUUGCAAGCAUUGCAGUUGUUGCCGCGAUUAUCGUCGAGUGUGAUGCUUGAAUUGGAGCGAAUAUUGGAUAAUAAACCUAUACGACCGCCGCCAAUAUCAACGUUGGCGCUUCGGUGACAAUCAGCCUGUCCCACAGUGGCAGGU